ACGAGAAGAAAGUCUUAUCUAGGAAGAAAAUCUAUGAACGCGGACUCAGCUUGCAAGGAAAGCCGAUGACCAUAAAGGAUAAUGCCUUCAAAACUCAGAUCCUCGAGUACUUCAAAAAAUCCAAAGCGGACGAGAAAAUACUCGCUAAAGAUGUAAGCCCCAAUAAGCACACAUUAUCAAAGCUACCACUCUGACGCCGUCUUCGAACUUUAGGAAAUCACUCAAUACUACUUCAUAACAGCCCACUGCCCACCGUGCUCAAAGCCCACCGCCAACCUAGCACCAAUGUUCAUUACCGACCUUAGGAUCGAAACCCACCAUCUCAACCGCGUCCUCGUUAUCCGCCUGUAUGGCGACCCCAUCGUAUCUGCUCACAACGGCAUGCUCUGGCCCGUCGAAGACCUCCAAAAGAACCUAGCGAUCGUGACGUUGCAUAAUUGGCACGCGGACCCCGAGGAGAUGUGUCAACUGUUCAAUGAGGACCUGGUUGUGGCAAUCAAGCAGCCUUAUUUUGAGUUGUGCAAUAGGGGUGGUCUGUACAACGUCGGAAUUGAUCAUAUAUCGGAUGUACAUGUUCUGCCAGUGAGCCACCCCAUGAUUGCAAGGUUUUAUACGGAGGAGGAAAGGGAUAAGAGGUGUAAGAAAGCGUCUAAGAGUGGCGAAGGGCCGGCGAUGACCGUUUCGGCGAGAAGGCUUAUUUUGCAGCAGCGCGAUGCUACAGUAACGCUUUGGACGCCAACGCAUCUGCACCGAAAAAUGCCAAAGAGCAGAAUUUCUGGGUACUCCAGAGGUGCUCGGAAGCCAACGCCAGGAUCGGCAACUUCGACGACUCCCUCCUCGGCGCUGAAAAUCACAACAUAUCGCAAAAACGGGACCCAGAACGGGCGCAUAGAAUAUCUCAAGGCGAAUGCACUCCACAAUCUCGGCAAACACAGGGACUGCUGGAUGAUCCUAGAAUGUCUUGACCACCUCGACGAGCUAGCUGAAUUGCUUCACAAGGCCGCGAGCAUGUGGCUUGAACUGUGGCAAGCUCAGACACGUCCUCUAGAUCCAAACUCCACGAGAACGUCGUACGUCGAUUUCACGACUAUCGAGGAGCAUGAAGAUGGCAAACCGGGGCUAUUCGCCAAACGUGAUUUUAGGGCCAAUGAAAUCGUUCUGAUCGAACGUCCACUGUUUGUGUCGAAGCCAGAGCGUGCAGAUCGGAAGUUCUGCAUUGUCGACUUAGAAGAUAGGUAGCACCAUACACACAGGUAUCCGUCACUUUUCGUAGACGCUGUUCAGCAUGCACGAGUGAGUCGGAAAAUGGCUCGCGACCUGUUGAGUCUGGAUGACUUGGCAUACGAGAAUGUGCAGGUUGAUGGCAAUACUGUUCUGGAU